AUGUCACGCUUUGUGUUGAGCUCAAACCACCUUUUCCUCUACGGCACCGGCGAUGGGACCAUCGGAGUACUCGACAUGGGAAGCGACCUCAACAAUCCGGUAAACCCCACCGACAACUGGAAAACCGUUGCUAUCAUACCCUGCUGGACUAUGGUCGACAACAACUCCGCAAAAUCGAUCAGCUACAGGGAACUGGAAGUGUUCGGGACGGCGAUCGGAGACUUCACUCUGGAGAAAUUGAGGGCCGAUCUCUUUGACUCUCAGUUCCUGGUCAAUCGGGAAGGCUACCAGGUGAUGUACCACAGCAGGGACGGCUCGAAAGCUAUGGUACUGGGAAAGUGCUCCUUCUGUCAGCUCAACAAUAUCUUCGGCUGGAGAAGGUACGGUGUGAAGCUGCCGGCGAUCACCAUUGUGUGGAACCGGUACGAUCGGAGCAGCGGCGAGGCGGUGGUCGAUUUGGUGGAAUUGGGGGAGAGGGCAAAGAGACUGGGGACGGCGGUGGAAGAACAGAGUAAAGAGUUGGGUGAUUGCAAAUCUAGGUUGAAGGAGAAGGAGGAGAUUCUGGAACACUACAAGAGGCUUUUGGAGGAGAGCAAAGAGGCGAUGAAGGAGAAGGAGUCGGCGAUGAAUCGAUUGAAGGAGGUGAUCGAUGACAGGGAUGGAGAGAUUCGGCGAUUGAAGUUGAGGUUAAAAGAGGCGGGUGGUAGUGGCGGCGGCAAUGGAAUUGGGACAACCGGAGGUGACGAAGAAUUGAAAUCGAUUAGGGAUCGUUUGGUCGCUAAAGAGAAACAGGUGGAUGAUUUCAAGGCGGCUGUCAAAUGCUUUUUCAGGACGUAG